ACAUUGUACUCCCUCGUACUUAAGACCUGUGACCCAUAACCAGUGCCAGUUUUUCAUUUGCCUUCCGCCGUACACUCGAAGCUGAUCGCGUGGAAGAGUAGCUUGUGGGCUCAGAAUGAAAUUACUAGACGUGACAGCUGUUCUCGACCGAGAAAUGCACAUCGAGCAGACCAACCCCAAACGUGAAGUGCUGAAGGAGCUCGACGACAAAGGUACUCGUUAUGCGAUUCUAUCACAUCGCUGGGGCGCAGAGGUCGGUUACGAAGAGAUGACCGGGCUGAUGAAGAUGGAGAAAGGUGAGAGAGAAGAGGUCAGGCAGCGUACGGGCUACCAAAAGAUCAUCAAGAGCUGUGAACAAGCGAGGAAGGAUGGACACGAGUGGUUGUGGGUCGAUACCUGCUGCAUCGACAAGCGAAGCAGUUCGGAAUUAUCGGAGGCGAUUAAUUCGAUGUAUCGGUGGUACCAAAACGCACAGGUCUGCUAUGCAUACCUCAGUGACGUUGACGAGUUACCACUGCCCACUCAGUCAUUUGCCCCCAGGCUCCGCAUGCCUGUCAGUUGGCAGAAACCAGAAUGGUUCAUGCGGGGCUGGACACUGCAGGAGCUCAUCGCACCGAGGGAACUCAAAUUCUUCAACAAGGACUGGGCGCCCAUUGGCAACAAACGACAUCUGGCAGCCGUUUUGCAGGACAUCACGGGGAUUCCACGUGAAGUUCUGAGAGACGGCCUGGGUGCGAAGCCUCUCAGUGUCGCACAGAUCAUGUCGUGGGCGGCUGGUCGGAAGACACAGCGCGUGGAAGAUCGGGCGUAUUCGCUGAUGGGGCUGUUUGGAGUGAACAUGCCAAUGUUAUAUGGAGAGGGCGAGAAAGCAUUUCAGAGGCUUCAGUUGGAAAUCAUCCGCACAUCCAGCGACCAAAGCAUAUUCGCAUGGAAUCCAUGGAAACUGCGGACUGGCAGUGUCUUGGCAGACGAUCCGAGCGACUUUGGGGGUUGUGGCAGAACCGAGAAAGUGGAACCCGACGAAUUUGUCGGCAGACUGAUGAAGUACAUUGAAUGGAAUAAACUUGGAAACCCCUGGUUUAUCACGCGUGGUCAACGGAAGAUCUCGACAAACCCAGCCCACUGGUGCAGACUUGCUUGGUUGAAGAAGCAUGCCCGCUCGGUCAGCCAGCAACAUCACGUGUCAUUCUCUGUCAGCAACGCUGGUAUCCAAGUGUACUUGCCCGUCAUCCCCCUUCCCGACUCUCGAAAUCAUUUCAGGGCUAUAUUGGCAUGCAGUCAUGGUGGUUUCAGUUUGAAUACUAUCGAUUUGGUAUUCUCUGGAUCCAGGUAUCUCAGGACUUCAGCUGCAUCUCUCAUUUUAGAGUCGCGCAUUCUCAAGACAUAUCCAGAGUUCAAGACACUCUAUCUUACUCAUCACCAAGACGCCAAUCAGACACACCGCGAGUUUACACUCGACGACAAGCAUGCCUCAUACCAUUAUUUCACCUGCCGUGGCACCUACCCGCGCGAGUUUACAGGCAACACUGUCUCACUCUCGUUCCUCAUAGAUGAUCUCGUUGUCAUUGUCUAUGCCAACGACGAUGCCGGAUUUCGCUUUGCAGUUGGUCUUGGAUACUACCAUGGCCAAGGAUGGGUACACGUUGUCCGCGACAAGCCUGCAACUCAAGAGGACUGGACGCUCUUUGCCCGUGAAGCAUAUCGUCGAAUGUGGGAUGCACGCAUGGAACAUGCUCGGCGUAUGCCCAAACAAGACCCUAUCGAUCGACGCCGCGGCAAUGACCACUUCAUUAAACAUGCCCACCUUCCCCAAUCAAUCUGGGCGGCCAAGGUGGUCUGGGGUAGGUGGGAGGCGGGUAAUUUUAAGAUUAUGGUUGAUGUCGAGCAAUGUCCUGGUUGCUGUGAUGGGCCACAUGGAUGGGCAAUGACACUUAACCAUUACCAUGGCCUUCAGACGCCGGGGCUUAUGCACGUAGCUUCCCAUUCAUAUUCACUGAGACUGGAUGGGUGGAAGGUUGAAAUUGACGAGAGUUUUGAUCAACGGAUUGCACUGGGUGAUUAUGGUGACUAUUCCGAUGGCACUUUUAUGCGUGUUGGCAAUAUUUUUGAGGAUGCGGGCAUCCUUAGCAUCGACACCAUGGGCUCAACUUAUUGUCCUGUGGUCUCCCACGUGUCCAGCUUUCUCUCUCUAAUGUCAAGGCAUCAUACGGAGAAUCUGGAUGAUCUUGCUGUGGCAUAUCACUCUGGGCGCAAACACCUGGCCUUACAUCAACCAAAGGGCUUCUCUCUGCCCGCUAAUGAUCAUCUUGUGCGACUGUUGAAAGCCUUGGCCACUCGUCUUGCAGACAAGCAUUUGGUGAUAACAGUCGUACAAUGCUCAGAAUUCUAUGGAGUCGAUGAUAAUGGAGAGCGAAGGGAUUCAGUGGAUGACAGUAAUAACCACCCCGCUGAGGGAGAUAUUUCGACUCCCCUGUGCACCAUUGCAAGCCCACAAGUUUGGCGAAGAGAAAUGCCUUGUGUACAGAGAAGGGAGCAAUUCAAGAGUAUUCGGGAGCACUUUUACGCCCUCGUGAAUACGGUACCCUCGCUUCUCACACUUGGUUUCUCUAUUUGAUAGCAUCGUCUGCAGCGCCAACCUACAGGAACCGACGCCCGACACAAGGCUGCGGUGCGUUGAAUAACCCUGCGAACCACAACCACU